CUUCUUUUCAUUGUCAAGCAAAAUGGCGGAUCAGACAGAGAAAGCGUUUCAGAAACAGGCCACCGUUUUCCUGAACAGGAAAGGUGGCAUGAAGAGGAAGGACAUGCGUCACCAUAAGAAUGUUGGUUUAGGCUUCAAAACUCCCAGAGAGGCGAUUGAGGGUACCUACAUUGACAAGAAGUGUCCCUUCACUGGCAACGUUUCGAUCCGCGGCCGCAUCCUCACCGGCGUCGUUCAGAAGAUGAAGAUGCAGAGAACUAUCGUGAUCCGCCGCGAUUACCUUCACUACCUACCCAAAUACAAUAGGUUCGAGAAACGGCACAGGAACAUGUCCGUACAUUUGUCGCCUUGCUUCAGGGACGUGGAGAUUGGUGAUAUUGUAACGAUCGGCGAAUGCAGACCUUUGUCCAAAACAGUUAGAUUCAAUGUUUUGAAAGUUUCAAAGGGCAAGGGCUCGAAGAAGUCUUUCAAAAAAUUUUAAUAAACUUAUGUCUUAAGUAAA